CCAUUCUCCUCACCUCACAAUAUAAUGGCUGUUUCAUUUCAUCAUUCGCUCACCUUCUCUCUCUUUAUAACUUCCCAACUUCUCUUCGGGGCCUCCUUCGCUUCCCGUAAGCUCACUGCAGCGGACCAGCAAACGCAGCCUCUCACCAUCACCUACCACCAGGGCGCACUCCUCUCCGGCCCUAUUUCCGUCAACCUUCUCUGGUACGGUAAGUUCACCUCAUCCCAGCGCGCCAUCCUAUCAGAUUUCAUCUCCUCCCUUUCCGCUGCUGCUGAGCCGAAGCCCUCCGUGUCCACUUGGUGGACGAUGGCCGAGAAGUACUACACCCAGUCGAAAUUGGCGCCACCUCGGCUCACCCUCGGUGAACAGAUUCUCGACGAGAACCACUCCCUGGGUAAAUCUCUCAAGAACUCCGAUAUAGCCGCCCUCGCGGCGAGAGGCCGUGCCCGGCGGGCUUUAAACGUCGUGCUCACGGCGGAUGACGUGGCCGUGGAAGGAUUCUGCAUGAACCGUUGCGGGACCCAUGGGUCGUCACCCCGAUCUAAAUCCGGCCGGUUCGCCUAUAUCUGGGUGGGUAACUCGGCGGUCCAAUGUCCGGGCCAGUGUGCGUGGCCAUUCCACAAACCAGUGUACGGCCCCCAGGCCCCACCUCUCGUCGCUCCUAACGGCGAUAUCGGGGUUGAUGGAAUGGUGAUGAAUCUGGCGAGCAUGAUCGCCGGCGCAGUCACGAAUCCUUUCGGCGGUGGUUUCUUUAUGGGGCCGAAGACGGCGCCGCUUGAGGCGGCGACGGCGUGCCCAGGAGUAUAUGGCAGGGGAGCGUACCCGGGCUACGCCGGCGAGCUCAUGGUUGACUCUUCAACGGGCGGUAGCUAUAACGCCAAUGGGGCUAAUGGGAGGAAAUUUCUGCUUCCGGCUAUCUUUGACGUCUCAACGGCUUCUUGUUCCACGUUGGUGUAAUUUUGUUCUUAAUUUGCUGUUCUCCAUUGUAGAUAUUGAAGAAAAAUCGCUUCCUUCGAUUUGUUUUUUCAUCAAUUAAAUGCUGA